CAACCAUCAAACCAAACUCAAUUGUUAUCUUUCUUCACCACCAACCAUCAUCAAAAUUUACCUUUUAUUACUAGAAAAUUAUAUUUAUUUUCAGUCCAUUCAUGGAAAACUUACCGGUGGAAGUCAUGGUCCAUAUUCUCUCAAGACUUCCUGUAAAAACAAUAAUCCACUGCAAGUGUGUAUCCAAGAAGUGGCUGGAUCUCAUUUCUGACUCUUACUUUGCCAAUCUUCAUCUCCAGAAAUCGCCUUCAAGCCUCAUGAUUCAUCAUAAUUCUGAAAAUGAAAUGACCGAUUACCAUAAACCAGGCAUUUUGAAGUGGGUGGAGGUUGAAGGUGAACUCGAUCACCAUCGUUUACACCAUGACCCUGUCAUGAGACUUGACCUUAAUCUUGCACCCAUUUUCCAACGCUCUCAAAUACUCCCCGUGGGCUCAGUCAACGGUUUGCUCUGUCUCUGGCAGUUUGGUCAACGAAAAGAUAACACUUACAUAUGCAAUCCAAUCACAAGAGAGUAUAUGAUCCUCCCUAGACAACAAUACUAUAGAGAAGGUUAUGCAAUAAUUGUUUAUUGUUUUGGUGUUGCUUCACUUACACAUGAAUACAAAGUAAUACGGAUCUUCCAAGGGGAUAUACCCCCAAUUAAUCCAACCUCAUCAUCUCGCCCGAGUCUAUUAGAAGCUGAGAUUUACACCCUUGGCACAGGAAAAUGGAGAAGUCUAGGUCAUGUCGCUUACUGGCUUAAUGGAUUCUCUGGGCCAUUUCUAAACGGCUUUGCUCAUUGGAUUGUUGUUGACGACGAUUCCCCUGAAAAGCUUUGUGCUUUUGAUUUUGAAAAGGAGACGUUUGAGUUGUUUCCAUCUCCUCCUGUUGAAAUUGUUGAAGAAAGUCAAAUUCAUUUUUACAGUUUGGGGGUUCUUAAAGGUUGUUUAUGCCAAUCUGAUACUUUUGAUUCUCAAUUCACGAUUUGGGUGAUGAAGGAAUAUGGGGUCAAGAAAUCUUGGUGUAGAGAGGUGAUUAUCAAGCAAAGUGUUAGCCGUGAUCUAGAUUGGUUGAUGUGGGAACCCGUUUACCUGAUUGAGGGUUUAAAUGAUGGAACUAUUUUGAUGGUGUAUUAUCAAGAUAAAUUGUUGGCGUAUUGUCCUAAGAGGAAAACAAUUGAUGACACGGAAAUUUUUGAUCGGUAUUUCACUGGAAUGGCUUAUCGUCCAAGCUUUCUUAAACUUCAGAACUUCAAAUCAGAGAGAGUUCAUGUGUUGUAAGGGUCAUAAAACUGAUAGUGUUAAGUCAUAAAGACUAAUAAAAUGAUCUAUUCACAUUAAAAAAAAAAGUUUCAUAAAGACUAUUUUAAACAUUUUAAACCAUAAGAACCAUUUGUGAUUUUUUGUCAUAAGUAACUGAUGUCACAAAGCGGCUAAAAAAAUGGCUUAACCCUUUUAAUAAAUUUAC